AUCCCACACUUAGUAUUUCUUUCUAGAUUUUCGAGGCCUUACAUUGCAUUUGAAUUUUUGUGUGAUCAAAUUAAAUAAUCAAUUGAUGGCGUCGGGUUCCCUUAGCUCACACCGGUCCGGUUCGUGGACGCAGCAAGAGAACAAGCUGUUCGAGAAGGCGCUGGCCCGGUUCGACACGGAGACCCCGGACCGGUGGCAUAACGUGGCCCGGGCCGUGGGCGGCGGCAAGUCCGCGGAGGAGGUCAAGCUCCACUACGAGAUUCUCAUCGAGGAUCUCCGCCGCAUUGAAUCCGGCUACGUCCCCAUUCCCAAGUAUAAGAAAACCUCCGUUGAAGAAGAGAAAAGGCUUCUCAACCUUCUAAAGAUGUGAUGGGGCACGUGAAUUAUAUCAGCUUUUGCGACGAAUUAAGAGAUAAUGUACGAUGAUGAUUAACGCAGAAAUUGCGUUUUUUUUUUAAGUAUUAAGUGUUAAUUGGCUGCAGCAAGCAUGCCUUUUUAAUUGUGAUUUUCACGCAUCUUAAAUAAUGUAGUACGGCUCUCCUUAUGAUGCA